GCAGGGCUGGGGUGCCCAGGGAGGUGCUGGGGCACUGUCCACAUGGUUGCGAUGGCUCCUGUGGGGAGAGCAGGCAGAGUGGAGCGGUCAGGUCCCUGUGCAGUGCAUGGAAAGUGCACAGCCUGGUGCUAAGGCCUGGCCCUCACCUGAGGAGACAAGGCUUCUCCUCUGCUCUUGUUGUCUCUGCUCAUGCCCAAAGGGCUGCCCCAGUGAGCAGGUGGCUUCCCUUUGCCUUCCGAGCAGGAAAAUCAAACCCACAAUUGACUCCUGACAGGUGAGGAGGGCCAUUCUGCACUUCAUCAAGGAUGUGCUCAGUGCUAACGCCCGGAGCUGCUCCGCCUGGGAUGUGGUGGGGCACAUCUUCAGUGAGUUCAGCCGCACCACGGGAAGAAGGGCAGCUGGAGAUCUUUCUGCCCAGGAAGCCCAGGAAGAAGGAGCUCUCCAAGAGCUGUGUAUGGACAUCCUGGGGUCGCUGGAUGUCUCUGUGAGCGGGAUGACCAAACUCCUGUGGCCACGGCUGCUGCUGUACGUGGUGCCAGCCCAGUACACCGGCAUGCUGAUCCCAGUCUCCCACUGUGUCCAAGCUCUGGCUGAGAGAGGGGACCUGAUGGUGCAGGAGAUAGAAGAACUGGAUCCCCAUUUCCUCAGCUCCAUGUUUCAAGGCCCACUGCUGACUCCCCAGACACUGCUGGCACGCCUGUUGGUGGUGGCAGGGAGCCCUUUUGCAGGCAGCGAACUCCAAGCCGCUGCCUUGCUCCUCAUGCAAAACCUCCACAGGAGGAUCCACAGAGCUGUGGGGGCCAUGUGGGCUGCUGAGAUCCCCCUGCUGCUGCAGUGCCUGCAAGGGAAAGAUGAGAGCCUCCCGGACUCUGCAGAGUGGGAGCAGCGCCUCCUAGAGGUACAGCAUUGCCGGAAGGCACGGUGCCGAGAAGUGUCUGCCUGUCUCAAGGAGCUCCGUUCCCAUACAGGACAGGAACAGCCUGUCAAAUGCUGCUGUGGAGCGGCCGCAUGCCUUUGUGGUGCUGCCUCUUCCUCUUUGUCCCAAGCCCAAGGGGGGUCCUAGGAGAAGAGCAGCAGGCGGCUAUAAGGGAGGGAAUGCUGGGGGGAGCUGGGAGAGGGACUGCUGUUCCAGUCACCUCUCCCCAGAAGACUGCGGCGAUGUGGGAAUGUGGGAAGAGGCAAAGGGCAAGGAACCAUUGUCUUCUGUUCUCCAACAGUUCCUGAGGGCGUCAUUGGAUACUAUGGAGGAUGAGGCCUGGAUCAAGGGCCUGAGCUGCAAGUUGAGCCAGUGGCUGAGCAGCUCUCCCAGCAGCUCUGGAGAAAAGUCUUUCCUGUACAAGGCUCUGGGGACAGUGCUGGGAGCUUGUAAGGAAGUCCUCCACAUCCAAGAGAAGCUCCUGCAACACCUGGAGGAAGCCAAUGCGGAGGAGCCUUCUGAGGCCCAGG